AUGGCCGACCAAACUCAACAACCCGCCGCCACUGGACAAGAGGACUACCUCGACAAGGGUGUUGACGCUGCCGAGAAGAAGUUCGGUGGAGGCAAGAUUGACCCAGCCAAGCAACGCAGCACCAACGAGAAGAUCACCGACAAGGCCCGAGGCAUGUUUGAGAAGGCCACCGGAAAGGAUGUGCCUGAUAAGUUCAGCAACUAA